UGAACCAACAGAAGUGCACAAACCCAUUAAAGAUCUCUCGAGUCUUUGUGAAAAAAUGAAAGCUUCAAGCUCUAUACUAUCCAUCGUUUCAAUCCUUUUGUUAUCAAUUUCAUUGGUAACAUCACAAUCAGCUCUGGAUAAUUUCCUGCAAUGCCUUCCUCAACAUUCCAACCCUUCUAACCCAAUCUCUGAUGCCAUAUACACUCCCAACAAUGCCUCCUUUCAAUCUAUUUACGAGUUACGUGCAAAUAACCUUAGAAUCUUAUCUUCUGUAACCUCCGAACCAGUGGCCAUUAUCACAGCCCUGCAUGAAUCCCAUGCUCAAGCCACUGUCAUUUGCGCCAAGCGCCAUGGCUUCCAAGUAAGAAUCCGAAGCGGGGGCCAUGAUUAUGAGGGCCUAUCCUAUACAUCAGACGUCCCAUUCGUUAUUCUUGAUAUGUUUAAUCUUAGGUCUAUCCAGAUUGAUAUGGCAAGCGAGACCGCAUGGGUUCAGGCAGGGGCGACCACAGGCGAACUGUAUUACCGGAUAGCAGAGAAAAGUAAAGUCCAUGGCUUCCCAUCUGGAGUUUGCACUACUCUUGGCAUUGGUGGACACUUCAGUGGAGGUGGCUACGGCCCCCUGAUGAGAAAAUACGGCCUUUCUAUCGAUAACGUCAUUGACGCACAAUUGAUCGAUGCCAAUGGUCGAAUCCUUGACAGAAAGUCCAUGGGAGAAGAUGUAUUUUGGGCAAUCCGAGGAGGUGGAGGAACUAGCUUUGGAAUCAUCCUCUCAUGGACGAUCAAGCUGGUUCGUGUUCCUGCUAAGGUGACUGUUUUCAACGUGCAGAGGACUUUGGAUCAAGGUGCAACAGAUCUUUCUUAUCGUUGGCAACAAGUUGCCCCUAACCUGCCUAAAGAUCUCUUCCUCAGACUUCAGCCUGAGCCUAUAACUGGAACUGGCAGUGGCAACAAAACCAUACGAGUUUCAUUCAUCGCCCAUUUUCUUGGACAAGCUGAUAGACUUAUCCAACUGAUGAACGCCAACUUCCCUGAAUUGGGUUUGCAGCGAAGUGACUGCAUCGAAAUGAGUUGGGUCGAAUCCACCCUCUUCUGGGCCGGCUUCCCCAAUGGAACUUCCAUUGACGUCUUGCUCAAUAGAGUGCAAGAGGACAGAGUCUUCUACAAGACUAAGUCCGAUUACUACAAACAAGUGAUUCCCAAGGAAGGCUUGGAAAGCUUGUGGGAAAUCUUGAUGGACAUAGAGGACAUAUUUAUCCAACUGAAUCCUUAUGGUGGAAGAAUGGAAGAGAUCUCAGAGUCGGAGACAGCAUUUGCACAUAGAGCUGGAAACCUUUACAAAGUACAAUAUACCGUGCUGUGGUCGGAGUCUGACGGAGGCAUCAGCGCUGCAGAGCGGUACAUUGAACUGUCAAGAAGAUUGUACAGUGCAAUGACUCCAUACGCAUCCAGCAACCCAAGGGAGGCAUUCAUCAACUACAGAGAUCUUGACAUUGGCAGCAACGAAAGCAACAACACAGAUUUUGCAAUUGCCAGCGUUUAUGGAGCUAAGUAUUUCAAGAACAACUUCCUGAGAUUGGCACGUGUGAAGGCCAUGAUAGACCCUGAAAAUUUCUUCAAAAAUGAACAAAGCAUUCCGCCAUUGCCAUCUCACAAGUUCUAAUGAGGAGGAUAACCUGUGCUGCCCUUGUCAAACGUCACCGCUCCCAACCGUUAUAUUUUCUACGACCCUACAAUAAAAGAAAAUAAAAGCUUGUCUAAAAUAUCUUCUGAAUUUUUAUUUCUUAAAGGCAAGACUUGAUUUCUUGCCAUUUAUUUGUAAUUAUUGCUCGAAAAUUAACACCAUAUUGCUCCAUAUCUGUAAUAAAGAAUAAUUUGAUAUUUGUGUAAUUCAACAAGAAGAUAUUUCUAUGUAAGGAAGAAUACGUGAUUUGAUCAU